AUGCCUAACCACAAUGCUGUUCCUGGCAUCCUCGCCCCCGGCGAGAUUGACGGCAAAAAGGUCAACCUCGCUCCUUACUUUAACGGCGGUCUUGCCUCAACCAAUACUGGUGGAAAAAUGGGCGAGUCUGUCAACUUUCUAGACGGCGGUGGCGCAGCACCCCUGAAAGAGAACAAGCCCGCCAAUGACAAGACAAGCCAUCAGUACUUCCUCCUCACGCAUCUAUACGAGUUCUUUGGAAGCCUCACAGGAUGCAGCAUGCAAGGAAUGGCCGGAUUUGACGCGUACAACGGGCAGGCCUCGAUGGCAGAGGUCCACAAGUUCAUGGGCCUGGGAAAGCCAGAGAUGGAUUACUUUGUGACGCAGGUUGGCCUUGCAGCGGCCUCCUUUGGCGUCGCCAAGGACGACAUCUCCGCCAUUGCCGACUCGCUCAACUCUGUUUUCAACGUUGCCUGCGGGCCGCCCACCACUGUUGUGAAGGCGCAGGGUCCCCAGUUGCAGUCUAUCUGUAUUGACCAGUCGACUUGUCCCAAGGCUGCGAAGGAUCCCAUGUGCGACAUGUACGCUGCUGCUGUUAAGCCGGGCAACGCGACGGGCACCAUGAUGCCUUCUGGUAGUAUGAGCGCGACGGGCACCGCGUCCGGGACGAAUAUGCCGAGUGGAACUGGUUCGGCAGUCCCGACUGCUGCUGCGGCUGUGAAUGGAUAUAGCGUUGUGGCUGUUGUUGCUGGGCUGGCUGCUUUUUUUGUGUAG